CAGAGUCAUUGUAAUUCUAUUGAAACUGCAAGGGUAUUAUUGUCCUUGUCCCACCACGUUGUCAUCGAGCUAUAAAAUCCCCAAUUGGCCAAUUCCCAUCUUUCAUACUGUAUUGUUUUUCGCAUCAACAAUUAGCUUUUACAUCGUGUUCUUCAGUAUUGGUGAAGAUGGAAGCGGCAGCUACUGUUCUUCGAUUGCCAUUACGACCUUCAAUUUCAGGCUCAAAUGGAAAAAAUUCGAUUCGUUUUACCACUAAUUUUCGCUUGAGCAAGUCUACUUCUCCGUAUAAUGUAAAGCUUGGGGUUGGAAGAUGGUCCUCUAGAAGCAUGAAGUCUCUCGUGGUUAGAGCAUCUAAGUCAUCGAAUUCUUUUGAGUCUACUGGACACAUUGCUCCACUCCAGCUGGAGUCUCCAGUUGGGCAGUUUCUGUCCCAAAUCUUAGUAAGUCAUCCACACCUUGUCCCUGCUGCAGUUGAACAGCAACUUGAGCAGUUGCAGACUGAUUCUGAAGCCGGAAAACAGAAGGAAGAGCCAUCUGCUACUGGUACCGAUCUUGUAUUAUACAGGAGGAUAGCAGAGGUUAAGGCUAAUGAAAGGAGAAAAGUUUUGGAAGAGAUCUUGUACACUUUGGUGGUACAGAAAUUCAUGGAUGCAAAUAUUUCUUUGAUCCCCUCCAUUUCUCCAUCUUCAGCUGAUCGUGUUGACAUGUGGCCUAGUUUGGAUGGGAAGCUAGAAGAUGUUCACUCUCCUGAAGCCUACGAAAUGAUCCAGAAUCACCUUGCUCUUAUACUUGGUAAUCGAUUGGAAGAUUCGACGUCGGUAGCACAGAUCAGCAAACUCAGGGUAGGACAGGUGUAUGCAGCAUCAGUGAUGUUUGGUUACUUUCUCAAGCGCAUAGAUCAAAGGUUUCAGCUAGAAAAGGCUAUGAAGAUCCUUCCAGAACAUAUUGACGGGAAUGAAAAUGACGUUAUAAUGGAAGAUGGGACUACACACAUGGCUUCAAACCAUCAAGAUGAAGCACAAUUGCAUCCUGAAGUAUCAUCGUCUUGGGCGGCUGGUGGAUUUGAUCAAGGGACAACUUCCUCCCGUCUUAAAAGCUAUGUCAUGGCGUUUGACGCUGAAACACUUGCAAGAUAUGCCACUAUUCGGUCCAAGGAAGCUGUUUCUAUUAUUGAGAAGCACACUGAAGCUUUAUUUGGGAAACCUGAAAUAACCAUGACACCUCAGGGAACUAUUGACUCUUCCAAGGAUGAGUUGAUUAAGAUUGGAUUUGGUGGUUUAAGAAGACUGGUUUUAGAAGCUGUCACUUUUGGGUCGUAUUUGUGGGAUGUCGAGACUUAUGUUGAAUCCAGGCACCGUUUUGUCCUUAAUUAGCUCCUCCACAGGAAACCUUCUCCCUAGGUUUCAACUAAGACUUGUUUUAUUUUACUAACUAAGACUUACCCUAAAUGACUGUUUUUGUACAUAGAUUUGGAGAUUCAUGUAUUUCUUUUGUGUUUAGAAUAUUGUGAAAUCUGGGCAAAAUCGUUAACGUAAUGAUGUGAAGACACAUUUGAGAUUGUUUCAGUAAUAGAUAUACCAACUAUAAAAGUACACAUCAUUUGGGUGAA